CCGCCCCGCCCCGCCCUGCCCACCCAGGGGCGCCAGGCUGAGGCAGGGGGUGCCCGUUGGCCCCCACGUGGGCGCCGGGGCGGGCUGCCCUCCCUCGCCCCAACCGGCCCCUCAUUUCGUGCCCCGCCGGACCCCCGCUUCCAGGCUGGACGUCCCCCCCGUGGCCCUGGAGCAGGUGAACGCGGGCUACGUGUGGUGCAGCUCGAUGCCCAGCGAUCGCCCCCAUGUUCUUCCUGUGAUCCAACACGACUCUUCUUUCCAGAAUGAAAAGUGGUCCCGUUUACCUGCAGCUUCAAUCACAGCUUUUUAAACAGACGAUGCAAGCUAGGCUUGUUUUUCCUUGCUGGAUUGUUCUAAUUCUGUUGAAUGCUUAACUACAACUAUGGCAACAAGAGUAGAGAGAAAUGCUACUCUGAUGUCCUUGACAACAAUACCUGACUUAAGUGAAAUUGCUAAUGAGAAGAAAUCACAAUGCACCUACAUCCACCCACUUUUAGAUGCAAGCAAUAAAGCUAGCGAGCCUCCAGAUCCUUCCACAUCACUCUUUCUUGAAGAAAAAAGCAAAUUUGGGGGCAGUCUAAGAUCAACAGCUAUGCCUACGCCUGGAUCAAGACCAAGACUUUUUCCAAAACCAUAUUCAAAGGAGAAAUCUUCAGAUACUUUUGCAAAUGUGAAACCUCCUGUGACCACUUUUAAAUCAAGCAGUGUCAUUGUCCCCAUGGUCUCUGUACCGAGAAAGCCCCCUGAAGAAAUGACAUCAGCCGGUGCAUUCAGUGGCAAUGUUCCCCCAUUAGUAGAUCAAAAAUCGAUUGAAAAGGAAAGUAAAGGCACUACUGAAUUGGUGACAAAUAUGGCUUUUUAUUCUGGUCCCAGUGCAAAUACAGUGAUUCUUUUUGAAACGGCUAGCACUGACAAGGCUAGGGCAAGUGCAACCCAGGGUAAAAGAUCACCGGACGAGCAGAGAACAUUUGGCACUGUGCAGACAAAGGAAGCGCAAUGUGAUACAAAACCAGAGACACUAGUUCAGUCAUCGAUGACUUCCAGGAAAUCUGAAGGUGGUCUGCAGAGACAAAUCUCUCUUCCAUCCUACCCUAGACCGGUCUCCUGGAACCCUUGUAGGUCUGGUGAAAAGAAAGAGGCUUCUGGAGAUCCUACAGGUGAGAAAACCAAGGGUGAGGCACAGCAAGCCAGCAGGAGAGUUGGCUUAUCUCCUGAGGUGCAACCAAGGCUGAAACAUAGACCAAUAUCUGCUAUUUUUUUGGAAUCGUUAAAAGAUCAAAGGUGUAGCAGUCUGGAAGACUCGGAAGGAAAAUCUCCGACAGAGAAAUCCUGGGUUAGAAAACCAAGGCCGUUGUCCAUGGAUCUGACUGCCAAAUUUGAAAAUAAAGACAUUUCUCUAUGCAAGAAGACCUGUCUGGCUGAUGAGAGCAAGGAAAAUGCACCAGUGCCACCCUUCACUGACACGGGCAGUUGUGCACAGUCUGAAACGGCAUCUAAAUCUGCCGAAAUAGCCUGGAGUAAGAGUGUUUCUUCUCCAUCAGAUUUGAAAAGUGGUAGUCAAGAUACUGACUCCCUUGACUUUAAAGACAAGUCCAGUGAGCAAAGCCAGAAAGCUUUUCCAAGGGACAUGGACUCUACAAAAGAUAUGAAGCCGAACAAUGCAAAAGAUAAAAAAUACCCUUGGGAAAGUAAAUACAAAUCUAAGGAGGAGCAAAAUGAGCUAAAAUCAGACCCUGUAACUAACUUACACGGAUCAGAGAAAAGCCAAGAGCUGGUUGAUUACAAAAGCACAGUAAUGAAGGAGGGCAGCGUAUUGGCCCAAAAGGAAACGUUUGCCGUGUUAGCUGGUGAAAACUCUGCAAACGCCUCAAAAAACGAGAGCAAGCUCUUGAGGGGGGGGAGUGUGAAGAGGCACAUAAAUCUGUUUGUUGGCUCAGAAAAUACCGCUGCUCCAGCGGAGCCGGAGCCUCUCCCAACCGCUGCUGAGAGGGAAAACAGAAACAUGAGCGUCCAGCAGAGAAUCAAAGAGCUGACGGCGGAGACCGUGGAUGCUAAGCCAGGAAGUCUGCGCCGAUCGCUUCCAUCACGGCCGCUUUCUGCAGAUUUAACAAAGAUGUUUUCGAGUCCAGUGUCGCCGAAUGAGACGAAGCUGGAGAAACCUGCUGAAUUGACUAGUGACUUGAUUAAUGAAACACAAGCAAAUCAGAAGAGUAAAGAGGUGAAGCCUUCGUGUGGAGCAGAUAUCAGUGAAACGUGUGCUGUUUGGAAUCAGUGGAAACCGUGGCAGGCGUUAAAAAUACCAGAUAAAACUGGCCAAAUGGAGAGAAAAGGAAGUUUUCUCAGAGACCGGCAAAAUCUCUCUUUUCUGGGUGAAAACUCGGCGUCAGGUGCAAACAGUUUUGAAACGCAGUUAACCCCUUCCAUUCCAGCAGAAAAGACACAAUCUUUUAAAACAGUCCGCGCUACCAUGUAUGACUCUAACGUGGAGAAGCAUAAUAUUAUCGCUGAUCGGCUUGGAGUUGAUUCCACGUUAAAGUUGACCACCGAGCGUGAAGGAAAAGAUGAUGCGGCAACUUCAUCUGGUCAUCAUAGAAGGUCUUGGGUGGAAAAAGAACUGCAGGAGGAAACUCUGUCAAAGAAAGAGCACCACAGACAGUCUCAUACAUCAGGUUACGUAGGAAAUACAGACAAAUGUGGAAAAGCAACUUCUCAUAGUGAAGACAAGAAAACUGCUCAUGCAGUUCCCCUGGAAAAAUACUCUUUAGUUGAAAAAUGUGAAAAACCCACUGCUAAGCAUGUGGAGGACUCGCUAAUGUACCAAAGAAUAGAACCAAGAUAUGAAAUCCUUCAGACAGUCGGUGAGAGAGCGCUCAGCGAAGCCAUUACGGUGGUUCCUGAAGACAAAGCUGUGACGCUCAGAACCAGAAAAUCAUCCAUGAAAGAGAAGAGAAAACCUGACGGGGAUGUGCUGCAAGGUGAUUAUCUGUGCAGACUAGAUAAUAAAACUGACCACCUAAAAGAGGCAAAUGCUCGUUCAGAAACGAAAGACCCUUUGGAGCCUUCUGCAGAUAAGUUUACUUCUAGAGAACUGAAAGAUUUCUUCCCCAGCAAACAUGUGCUUCCUGAGCAGAUAGCAGAACUGGGGAAAAGUCAGGCAAAUCAGCUGUUCAUAUCAGAGAAACUGUUUUACUCCAUAAGUAGUAACAGGGAUUUGGCUGUAACAAGUGACAAAGUUACGAAAGGGCAUCCUGAAAUGCAAAAGGAGAAGAAUGAUGCUUCUUCCACAGAAAAAACAGAGAGCUCAAAAAUGACAAAAUACUUUUUAGAGAAACCUGGUAUUAAACCAGUUAGGGCAGAUGACUACGAAUCCAGAGCAGACGUAGGUCAAGGCAUUAUGUCACCCAGCGUCAGUAAGCAGGGGGGUCGGCUCUCAGUAACCGGAGGUAACCAAAUGGGUAAAUCCCCUGUGGGCCACUAUCCUGAUGGAGAAGUAAUAUCUAUGAAGAAAGAAGAAUCAAGAGCCUUUGAAUUAAGGAACUAUCCAGACUCGAGUAAUGCAGCCACUGAAAAUGGAGACAAAUUUAGAUUAGUAGAAUCAGAAGAAAAAGUCCAAGGAAGCGGCAGUCAUGUUUCCCACCAUAAGGUUUCAGGCAGGUGGCGACGGAAGACCUUGCCCCAGGAUCGUAACAAGCUGGAAGUUGGCGCCGUGACUCAGGAAAGCGCCGCGAGGUCGAGUGGAAUGGAAUCGCUGCUGGCUGCUGAAAGUGCAAUGAAAAAGAAAAGUAAAAAAACCAAAGAUGGGAUAGACCCAAAGGAAGCAAACCAAACCAUCCCGGUAAGUCCUGAUGACCCCAUGAAGAAGCAGAUCUCUUCCUCUGAACCCAAGGCAACUUACUUUGCAGUCACUUAUCAGGUUCCUGGUAGUAAAAAAGAAAAAAGCUCCGUAACCACUGUUAAUGCAAAUGAAACGAGCCCGACUUUUCCAGGGGGUGAAAGUCUACCAAUUAACCCAGCCUCCAAUUCUUCCAGAAGAUCCAAGCCUACGCCUCCGCAACCCUAUAAACAUGUGGCAAGCGCACGUUGUAAAGACAGCUCUCAAGACGUAUGCAUUAAUAGGAAUUGGACUGGAGAGGACGAUCAAGACAAUUCAAGUUUUUCCAAAAAAGGUGCACUAAAUAGUUAUGUGGUGGCUCAUGAAGAUAACAGCCGGAAGCAGCGCGACGGAGGCCUGGAUCGUUCCAAGGAGAAGGUGACAGAUGUUGAUGCCUUGUUAAAACAGGAACCGGAAAGUACGGUUCAAACUGAUUUAAAAGGUAGUGGAGGAAAAGCCUCCCCAUGCUAUGACUCAAAAUCCACAAGGCCCUUUAAACACGUUCACAAAGAUAAUGAGCUCUCGUCACAGAAAAAGAGCGGUGAAAGCACCCGGGAUGUACUUGGCACAAAGGCCGAGGAUCAUUUCCGAGCCAGGAUUCUUGAUAUCGAUGCUCUGAUGGCAGAAUAUAAAGACGAAUCCAUGAGAACCAGUCACAGUCAAGACAGAAAGGAUGACAGGCUCCCUGUGGAUAACAGCUCGUUUAAUUGGGAGAAGUCUAAGCACAAAAGAAGUGUGACAGAUAAAACUCCCCACGGCCAGAGCAGGAAAGAGCGGAAAGAAUCGGAUGAUCUGUCUUCUAGCGCCGCUAAACAAGGUAACUGUGCAGAAGAGCACCACAGGCCUCGGGGCUUGCUUCUUUGUGAAAGCAGCAAAGAGAAGCUGGAGUCCCGUGGCCAAGACUUGAGUAAGCCAAAGUCAAAAGACAGACUACUGAGCCCUCUCUACUGGGGAAACCCGAGCAGCUGGCUUUCAGAUAAACCUAUAAGUUCAUCUGCCGAUGCUGCCAGCACCAGAAAAAAGACAUUCAUUAUUGACGAGGAUCACGAAAAGGAUGUCACUCCAAGGCGCCAAAGUGCCAAGCACAAAGAUUACGAAGUGCAGCUCAAAAAUCCAGUGAGUGUGGACCAAAAACUGGAAGGCAGCUUGGCUUUUGAUUUCUCCUCGGAGGUUGCUGGCUCAUUACAGAAGAAAUGGUUCCCAAGCCAACAGCUCGCAGAGGUGUCUGUGGAUGACCACUGGCACAGAAACGUAACUUGGAGCUCUGUGAAUAAGAGCAAAGCCAGUGCAAACAAAACCUUGCAGGAGGGGGACUUUUCCCAUGCAAAGAACAAACCUGAGCGGAAGGAGUACAUGCCUAGUUUUGGAAACACGGUGCCAGAGUUAAAGCGCUCGUACUCGGAAAAGAGCCGCCCAGCCAAGGCGAGAGGCAGCGUUCCCAUUGUGCAAGAAGCAUCGGGAAGAAGGGACCCGCACCAGCUCAAGCAGAGCUGCUCGCCCGAAAGUGCCGAGAGCGGGCUGAAACAAAGGACCGCGUCUUCGCGGGAAUCUUUCUCCUGGGAAGAUAAAAAGGACUUUGGAAAAGAAUGGACCAAACACAGCUCUGAGAAGUCUGAUGGGAAAAGCUUUACGUUCGUUUCUAUCCAGAGAAGAAGUCAUAGCUUUUAUAAGGACCAAAGGACAGAGCGGUGGACGGAUCAGCUGAAGCAGUGUUUUGGCAGACAGCCCCCCGAGGCAAAGGACACAGACGCGCUGGUCCAAGAAGCCGACAGCCAGUAUGGGACCUGGAGCGAGCAGCGUCACAGCGGGGACAGCUUCGUGCCUGAAUCUCCUUCCUCAGAGAACAAUGUCAUUUCAACCAGAAAGCAAGCCCCAAAUAGCCGGCUGUCUUUCUCAUCUCAAACGGAGCCAGCCUCUUCAAUCGACCAGCCAGAGUCCUCCUCCAGAGACCAAAGGAGCACCAGCUUGGACCAGUCCAGCACAGACAUGGAUUCAACCGACGGCACUGACGGAGCGCCUCCCACAGACCUGUACCCCGAUGAGAAAAGCGCGGACUUCUCCUUCAUCGAUCAAACCGCUGUCCUGGAUUCCAGCGUGCUGAAAACCCGCGUGCAGCUCAGCAAGAAGAGGCACCGCCGGGCCCCCGUCUCCUACGCUCGCAGGAGAAGCAGCGGGAUGGAGUCGGAGAGCAGGCGCGCUGCGACGGACGAGACUGACAGCGCGUGGAUGUUCAAAGACUCCACAGAAGAGAAGUCUGCAAAGCAAGAAGCAUCUGAUGAGGAAGAAAAAAUUCACCGACCUGAGAGAUCACCAGCUGCACAUCCUCAGAGGCUUCCUGUGUUUCCAGGCAUGGACCCCUCGGUGCUCAAGGCUCAGCUGCGGAGAAGGCAAGAGCCUGAGAGCCCCGGUGAAACGGGUUCAGCUCAGCUGUCGAAAUCCCCGAAGCCCCAGUUCCAGCCAGGAGCUCCUGGGAGCCGAGUGCUGCCCUCCAGCGCCGAGAGGGAGGACAGGUCUGAAGAGAUGUCUCCUCAGUGGCUGAAAGAGCUGAAGUCAAAGAAAAGGCAGAGCCAUUAUGAGAAUCAGGUCUGAGAAGAUACCGAUUAUGACCAGGAAAAGAGAGAGAAAUUUAACAGAAGCCUUAACUCAUCUGAACCUAAAAUUCACACAUUGUGCUGCUGCUGUUUGCUUCCUGCCUCGACUGCUAUGUGCAUGGUGCCUUCCCGUUUUUGUGGAGAAAGCUGCUUAACUUUCAUAGUCAAAUACAAAGCUGUGUCUUACCCGGCGUGGGAGGAGAGUCACUUUCGAGCCACCCGAAGCAAGCGCCAGGGCGGGGGUAGUUAGCACUUCAGGAGGUCUUGCCAGGGUGCGACGCGUGAUUUAGGACACGCUGCACGUGAGAUGCGCGUGGCCCCUCGUCUCGAACAAAGACGACGCGUCCGCCGAUGCGUUCAGCAGCUCGGAGAUGGGAGUUGCGGGGGGCACGCGGCGUGUAAGGCUGGGUUUGUAUUUGCUUAUGAAAAUGACAUUUUUAAUCCAUUUUCUUUCUUGUGAACUAAUAGUAGUUCCUGUGUAGAAUGAAGUGCGUGGAAGAGAACAAAUCCUGUUUACUGCCAUAUCGAAAAAGGAAACUUGACUGAUUUUUUCUUUUUUUUCUCUUUGUUUUUGUUUUGUAAAAUGUGUUUUUGAUGGGCUGAUUGGCUUAUACGUAUGUAUAAUCUGCUGGUCUGGAAGAUCAAUAUUAUUUGUAGCUAGAACAAAAGGUUAAUUUUUUCUUUCUUUUAAGUGGGGUUAUAUAUUCUGUCAGCAUGUAGUGUAGUCGUUUCAUUCGAAUGUCAUUCAUAGGAGGGAUAAAGCAAUAAUGUCAACCAAUUCUCUUUAAAAAAAAAUAGAUGUAAAUAUUUUUUUUACUAUUAAAUAGGAGGGAAGAGGAAGGAUGUCUAGUCUUAUCCAUAUCAGGGUUCCCGAUUAUAGCUGAAUGUCACUCUAGAAGCAGCUCAGGUUGUCCCACUUGAUAUUUUUAUUGCUUAUUCUGUAAAUAAUCAGUUGUAGGUUUUUAUUUUUAUGAUGCUCGUGUGGGAUAACCUCGAGUCAGUCUCCCGUUUUUCAGAUGAACUAAACACUUUAUUUUUGGUAAGACCAAGCGGUGGUUACAUUAGCACUGUCGGUAAUACUAACAUCACAACGCACGAGUUCGGAGAUGUCCCUCGUACCACACGUGUUUGGGUGUCUUUGGAUACAGAUUCUGCUAACUUGUAAGAUGAUGAUGAUUAUUAUUAUUAUUUUUUAACCAGGACGUCCGUUUAAAAAUUUCAUUUUAAAUGGAGGCUGCAUUUUAAAAUCUCUCUUAUUUUAUCUGCCCCCGAUAAGUGCUCUUUUCAGAAAACCCUUAAAAUUACCUGUAAAAGGGGAAAGCUCCCCUUUCAAGGGAGCCUCCCCCUAACUCCAGCAGAGGAAGUAGGUGACCGGGGCAGGAGAAGUGAAUCCAGGUCGCCCAGAGCUCUUCUUUCGGCUGCUUUUGUAACCCGGUGCGGCAGAGCCCUGGAGCAGGCCCGCCAGCGCAGCCAUCCGGGGCAAGCCACCACGGUGGCGUGGCAGGCGGAAAGCAUCACGUUUGCUGUAAACUGCACUGCAGUCCUUAUGUCCAGCUGACCGGUUCGGAUCUGAACAGUCUUGCACCACCACUCGCACACGUGAUCCUCUUGCGCGGCCCCGCUCUCGGCAGCUCGAUGGCCGUGGCCCUCCACGGUGAACCGAAGGGGCGCACCCUGUCUGCUAGCUCCAGCUUCCGCUGCCAUAAACCACGUGCCAAGUCUCGUCCUUGAGAAGUCACCAGCGAGGCGACUUCAGCAAACCUCGGGGCGAGACCAGUCCAAUGCCCCCUUCUCCCUUUCCAAGCUACAGUCCCGGCUGCAAGAGCCCACGUGUGAUAGGAGUGCAAGCCGGUAUUUUUCCGUAGCAGAGUAACCAUCUUUGCUCGGUGCUUUGCCCUGCUUCGCGUCCAGAGGCAGCGAUGCUAGAGGCACUGCUUUUGCAGCCACCUCUGAUGCAGGUCGGCAGCCUCUCGCUGACGUUGCGGGCAAGCGGAGCCCCCCACCUCCCGCCAUCCUGUGCAGAGGUGGGUUCAAACCUCCCCCUCCCCUGCCCCGGGAAGGGAGCGCGGCUCCCGUCGAGUGCGGUUGUUAGAGGGCCGCUGUGCAGUGAUUUUAAAGAGCCGUGUCCGUUCCCUGCCUGUCGUUUGAGUGUGCGAGCCCCGGUUUCAGUUUGGACAAGGCGCUCUCUGAAGCAAGGUGCGUGCGCUUCUGUUCUUAAUGCAACGCCCCCACGUCUUGGCAGCCGCACGCAGGUGUUGGCACGUACGACUGGAGCGGGAUUUAAUUAGCGGCAGGGUUUCUGCAGGUGACGGCAGCACCUCGGUUGGGGUUUUUUAUGGGGUUUUUUUAGUUGCCCUGCACUAAGCGUGUUGGGUGCCUUUUUUCUCGAGAAGCGUUUGAAGCCCGGGUACGUUCCACCUCGUCCCAAGAGCGCUUGGGCGGCGCGGGAGCGGGACGUCGGGAGUCAGCGGGUCGGCGGCGUCCCUUUAAUGCCAGGCGGCGCGCUUCGUCUGACGCUCCCUGAUGUCACCAGACAAAAGCCACGAAUUCUUGGGGUCGGUAGCUGCAGGGUUUGCUGUGCAUGCUGGGAAACAGGGGGAUUGUGAUUGGAUAUUGUCAGAGCCCUUUGAAUAUGUAUGCGUUUCCACUUCUGCUUGGACAAUGCACUGAAAUUUACUGUACUGAGUGGUUGAAUAACUGCUGAGAAAUGUUUAAUCUGAAACAUGUCUGAUUAAAAAAGAAAUCUUUAGAAUGUG